AUAUAUAUAUAUAUAUAAAUAAACUUUAUAUUUUGACGCCUCUUUCAAGGCUUAGUUAGUCAUGACUCAAUGUUCUCCAUCCAUUACUGAUAGUUCUCGUGAAUCAAAGUCAAAGCAUUUUUUACACAAGUUUCUUUCCUCUACUUCCCCUCAACCUUAUUCAUACGACAAUACAAAUAAUUCUUCUGCUAUUACUUCUCCUACAACAACAACAACAACAAAAAUAUCAACAGCAACAAUUGCAUCCGACGAUACUCAUAAAACGACAAGUAAAAAGAACAAAAGCAUUGGAAGACGACUAUUGAAAAAGUUUACAAAGCCGGGUUACCAAGUUCAAACUGUCAAUACCCCUCCUGUUUAUAAUAAUGGCAUAAAUGAUCAAACAAAAUUCAACAAUAAUCUAUCAAUACAACAUCAGCAACAGAUCAAAGCUCAACGACGACGAUCCUCUACUAUGCCUUCAACCGUUCAAUCACCCAUCAUUACACCAGAAAUAACUACUAAAACCUUUACAACAGAACAUGAUGAUACCAUUCAGUCGGCAUUGAUAAGCGUGUCAAACAAUAAUAACAAUGAUGACGAUGAUGAUGAUAAUAACAGCAGUAGUGAUGAAUCAUUUGUGGACGCGUCUGAAGAAAUUGAUUCUGGGUCAAACAACAACAAAAGAGCAAGCCUUACUCAACGAUUAAGUGCCGGAAGAUUCAGUAGUGCUGGCGGAUUAGUGGUAAAUAUGCAUCCCUCAUUACGUGGCUAUCGUAAUAGUUGUACAAAUAGCAUUAUGCAGCAACAACAACGUUUAAAAUCGGCUUCUCCUCCUGAUGAAGAUUUAACCAAGGCUAUGCUGGAAUGGAAACGCAAAAGUGAUAGUGAAAAUAUGGUGAACAAACGGAUCAGUGUAUAUAGUCAACUUGCCAAUAUCGAUACAACGACAACGAUGGAAUUACCUCUCUCACCAGCUGCAACACUACUUACAGAUCCAGAUGUACAACAAGAUAACGACGAUGAUGAUCAUAGUACUGAAUUAUCAAAGGAAGCCAAGGAAGCAUCAAGAGCACGUGCCGAAGAUAUUUUGAUGGGGAACAAUCAUGAAACUACUCAUUUACAGCACCAACCUCCAACACCUCCUUCAUCUCGACGAUCUCAUGGAAGAUCACGUUCAAUCAAGGCUCUUUCUGAAAUGUUUUCAAAAUCAUUGGAUGAAGCAUGGAAUAACUCAUUAUCAUCGGAACAAUUAGUGGAACAAGUCCGUGAUCCUCGGUUAUCUAAUGCAUGGACUCGACCACUUCAUCUCUCUGUCAAGGCUAAGGAAACUGCAAAACGAAUAUGGGAUGGUGAUCAUUCAUUUAUGCCUGCUCAUCGCGUAGCAGAAUGGUUGGGUCAAACAAAUCAACUCAAUGCAGAAACUUUGGUAUGUUAUAUGGACCUCUUUUACUUUACAAACAUGCAAUUGGAUAGUGCAUUCAGAAAACUAUGUAGUAAAUUAUAUUUUAAGGCUGAAGCUCAACAAAUCGAUCGAAUUUUAGAAGUCUUUGCUCACCGGUAUUGGGAUUGUAAUCCACAAUCACUAUUUACGUGUGCAGAUGUUGUUUAUGCUGUUGUCUACUCGAUUUUACUGCUCAAUACUGAUUUACACGUGGCAAAGGGGAACCAUCAUCGAAUGACGAAACAAGAAUUCAUCAAUAAUACCAUGAUGGCCGUCCAUGCUCAAAUCCGCCAACAUCCUGAAAUUGAUUUUUCUUCUCAUUUUAAUACUGACAUGGAACAUUACCUUAAAGAUUUGUAUAUCUCGGUCAAGAACUACCAAAUCUUACAACCAUUAUCGGAUGGAAACUCAACAACAGCAAAGGGAACAGGUUUACGUCAUGUGGUCAGCUUGAAACGAGGAGUCAACUCUAUUAUCCGACGUGCAGGACGUGAAAGCAUGAUGAUGAUGCCAAAUGAAGAUACAUCGAAUAUUAUAUCACGACCGGUCUCGCCUUUAUAUCCUACAUCAUCAGUAUCAACAACAAGAUCAUCCUCUUUAUCUCAAACGUCUUCACCAUUUAUUGGUACAACACAUAGAAUUAAAACAUCAACAUCAACAGCAAGGCGACUCUCACGAUCACUAUCAGUCCGGCCCAUCUCUCCAGCGACAACAACAACAACAACAAGAUACCCCAACAACGCAUCAUUAACUUCAAUAGGAUCUUCUACAGUGUCAAGUUUAGAUGGAUCUGGUAUAUUGGCGACUGAUGAUACAACUACAGCAACAACCCAUGGCAAUCCAUCAUCGUCAUCCUCAACAACAUCAUUACGCAGCAAACGCAGAACCAGUAGUGUGGCAGUAUCAUCAACUGUACCAUCUGCUUUAUUUACUCCUGGUACAUUCCUUGAUGAUUCUCCUUAUGCAAAAGAAGGUGUGGUGAUGUGUAAGCACUUGUUACAAAGUUCAAAUCAAAAGGCCAAAUCAAGAGAAUGGAAGGAACAACUUAUGGUAGUGGAUGAUGAUCAAGGUUUACUUAAAUUAUAUGACCUCCCAGGACAUAAACAAGUCGAUCGUAUGGCUCAAGGAUCUUUUGAUCUUCUUCGUCCUACUCAUAGCCGUAGUUCUAGGCGUCCAAUUCAAGGUCCUCUUUCCAGAUUUGAUCCUUCUUGGAAUGAUUACUUGAUAUUGACGAUCCCAUUACAUCAUACCUUAUCUAAUGUGCUUCCACCACCAGGCUAUAACAAAUAUCGACCACAUGUAUUUGCAUUACAACAACCAGACGGUGGUGUAUACUUGUUUCAAGGCAUUUCUUUGGAAGUAGUUGCUUCAUGGGUGUUGACAUGUAACUAUUGGGCAGCACGACAAAGCAAACCUCCCCUCCAAGGUGGCGUGGGCAAUAUGGAUUAUGGAUGGGGUGAUUGUUUGAAUAAUGUGAUUGUGGAUUUGGAUGCUAUUCAAAAUGGUGAUCGAUGGACGGGUCUUACUGUCAGUAAUAAUGAUAACAACAAAGAGGAUGAUGAUCCAGAUGCAGUGAUGAUUUAUGAUUGGCAACCUCCUAUGGCAACAACCUCUGUAUCCAGUCCACAUGUGGAUGAUCCGGUAACCCAACUGGCUACACUCAAAACACAUCUACAUUGGCUCCAUGCUGAAAUUAACGCACAUCGUGACAUCAAGACAAAAAUGUUGGUCAAGUUUCCACAACGUUGCUUCAAUUACAAAAAGGCUAUGGCGAACUGGGGAAUGAAAUCUGCAUACUUGCUCGGCGACAUUAUCAAGUAUCAACAUUAUUGUGAUGCUUUGGAAAAAUCAAUGCAACUUGAAAAUUCUUCUAGUACAUCUUUGUACGUGGCUGCUGAUGGAUCUACUGAAGUACUUGUUUCAACUGGUGGUGCUUUGGAUCAUGUGCCUAUCAUUGGUUUCAACAAUAUGGAUCUCAUCAAGGAAAUUGAAACUGAAUUGGAGUUCUAAUGAUCUUUUUUCUUAUGAUUAUUGGUGUUUAUUAUUUAUCCUUCUUUAUUAUUAUAUCAUUAUUAUUACUUACUAGCUUACUUACUUACUUCUAGUACC